AUGGACGACCUCCGCGAGCAAGUGGAGCUGCUGGAGAGCAGCGCAAACCUCUCCACCAGCAUCGACCAUGUGCAGAGGGCGAUUGACAUGCUCACUGCGGCUCGCGCCAAGAUCGCAGCAGAUCCCAAGACGGCGCCCUUGACCCUCGCCAAACUCCAAGAUCCCUUCAAGAAGUCUUUGGACACGGUGCAGAAGGACCUCAAGCCAGUCUACGCCGGUCUCAACAAGUACGGCAAGGCACUCGACAAGAAAUUCAAGGACAAGCCCUUACCCUCCGCCGACAACGAUGCGCUAUCAUCGCACCCCUCGCUCAUCAACCGCGCUAUUGCUAUGCACCUCCUCCGCGAAGGCCAGUUCGACGUAGCAUCCACCUUUGUACAAGAAGCCAGCCGCCAGCCGCCACAUCCCGAGCCCACUCUCAACACACCGAACCCCUACAUUCGAGAAGCAUGGGAGAAGGAUCUCGCAGAGGGAACCUUCAACUCGGAGAAGCUGCAACAACAGUUCGCCGACAUGUACCACAUACUGCACCAACUGCGCAAUGAGCGGAAUCUGCAGCCGGCAAUACAGUGGGCGCGAGAGCGGAGCCAUGUCCUAGAAGCGCGUGGCAGCAACCUUGAAUUUGAGCUGUGUCGCUUGCAGUUUGUCUGUCUGUUCGACUCGCGUGGCAGCCAAGACGAAGCAAUGGACGACUACGAUAGUCCCAGCGGUCCCCUGCAUGCCUGGGCAUACGCACGUCGCGAGUUUGCUCCCUUCCAGAGACGGUACCAGAGAGAAAUUCAACAACUGCUAGGUGCAAUGGCCUUCUGGCAGAACGUUGAAGACUCGCCAUACCGCCGCCUCUUCUACAACGACAGUGCCUGGGAAGAAGUAGCACACUCAUUCAACCGCGAGUUCUGCUCCUUGCUCGGUCUGAGCGCCGACUCACCCCUCUUUAUUGCCGCGACGGCUGGCGCAAUAGCACUCCCUUACCUCCUCAAGAUGCAGUCCAUCAUGAAGGAGAAGCGCACCGAAUGGACGACCCAAGACGAACUACCCGUUGAGAUACCACUACCGAGCCAAUACCACUUCCACAGCAUCUUUGUGUGCCCAGUAUCCAAAGAGCAGAGCACUGAUGCAAACCCGCCCAUGAUGAUGCCUUGUGGCCAUGUCAUUGCACAGGAAUCACUUGAGAAGCUCAGCAAAGGAUCGCGCUUCAAGUGUCCAUACUGCCCAAACGAAAGUCAUCCGCGAGAUGCAAUCAAAGUCGUGCUGUAG